AAGACAGGAAAAAGGUUCAAGGCAAAAGCCACAAAUAUCGAAGGCAGAACCACUAGACGAGACAAGAAUCAUAAACUAAUAUCAUCAAGUUCAAGAGUGAUUUAGAAACUUACACGUAUUCAUCGUCUUCCCCUCUUAUGAAGACCAAGGUCAACAGCAUCAACAUUUAACGCAACAAAUUACCCUGACUACCACUAUUUUUCUUUGUGAGUGCAUCUUCACGAUUAUUGAACUCCAAACAUAACCUGAAGUAGCUUGUGCCAAAUACUUUUUUCGAAGAGUUAGAUCUACCUUUUUCGUCACUUUCGUUAUUUUUUGAUCUCAUCAUCACCUCGUAUAGCCAUUUUCAUUUACUCACUAUCUAUCUAUAGUGUUCGUAUUUUCCUCAUUGAACUUUUACGUUUGCUCUUCAUUCCAUUAUUUAUUUAUGUAUAUCGCUCCGAAUCGUCUUUCUCUUUUACUUUUUUCUGAUCACAGUAAUACUAAUACAUAGAAAUAACUACAACAUGAAAACGAUGUCGGAUUUUCCCAACAUGCAGCUUUCGCGUCGUUUGACGGUCGUGAAGGUGCUGGUCCUUGCCUCCACAGCAGCUGCGCUUCGCGUGGUCGCUGGGCGUGCGUUACCUUCUGUUCCCGUUGCCUCUGCGUCUCCGCCGGAUUCUUCGCAGCGAUCGGCUUCAUUGGAAUGGCGUGGCCCCUCCCCGUCUCUGAUAGAACGCCUUGUCUCCGAAUUCAACAAAAAUGUGAGACAGACGGCGCACCCUGCCCGGCUGAAGCGUGACUUUCAGACACUUUUCGCUUUGCGAGAUUGA